AUGCCUCCGGCUGAGUUGAAGACGGUGGAUCUGAGAAUAACCAGCGCUAUUGUUUUCAAAGCUGAUGUUAUGCAGUGUGGUUUCAACAUUGUUAGCAAGCGACUGGGUCAGAAUAAAAAACCGCUUCUGAGCGUUCUCUUCAGGAUUAUUGGCACUCCUCAUCCAAUACACGACGAGGAUCCCACCAAGGUCAGACGCUGUUCCGAGAUCUUCGUCAGUAUCGGCGAAGAAGUGCGAUCGAUAAGCUCUGGGGGAAUUGAGUUAAAGAAUGCCGGGCAAACAGUGAGCAAAACACUUUAA